CCGUGAGGCGGUCCCGGUGCCUGCCGUCCCUCGCUGCCCGGCGUCCCUCGCUGCCCGGCCUCAUCGCUCGCUCCCUCCCUCCGCCAUGAGGAACCUGCGGCUGCUGCGGGCCGGCGGGUGCCGCUCCGCCUCCGCCACGGGCACCCCGCGAUGCUUCUGCCUCGGCGCCGAGCCCGGCUCGGUUCUCGUGGGCUCCCAGUACGGGCUGGUGGAACUGCGCGCCGGCGGGGACUCGGUGUCAAGAGAAAUUUCCCUGACUGUGGAUGGGUUCUUGCCUGAGGAUGGAAGUGGCUGCAUAGUGGGUGUUGAAGAUCUUCCAGAGCAGGAGAGUGUGUGUGUUGCUACAGCAGCUGGAGACAUCCUACUGUGCAAUCUGAGCACAGAGCAGGUGGAAUGUGUUGGAAGUGUGGACAGCGGUCUGAGUGUGAUGAGCUGGAGUCCUGACCAAGAGCUCGUUUUGCUUGCAACAGGUCAGCAGACUCUCAUCAUGAUGACAAGGGAUUUUGAACCAAUUUCUGAGAAGCAAAUCCACCAAGAUGAGUUUGGAGAAGGAAAGUUUGUUGCUCUUGGAUGGGGUAAAAAGGAGACACAGUUCCAUGGAUCAGAAGGGAAACAGGCAGCACAUCGCAAGCAGACGGAAGUGCUACCAGCAUCAGCCUGGGAUGAUGGCAGGCCUCGGGUGACGUGGAGAGGAGAUGGGCAGUUUGUUGCAGUGAGUGCUGUCUGUCCAGAGACAGGUGCUCGGAAGGUCCGGGUAUGGAGCAGAGAGCUUGUGCUGCAGUCAACAAGUGAGCCUAUCUCAGGAUUAGAACAAGCACUGUCCUGGAAGCCCUCAGGAAACCUGAUAGCAUCUACACAAGAAAAACCCAACAGACAUGAUGUGGUUUUUUUGGAAAAGAAUGGACUUCUUCAUGGAGAGUUCACCCUCCCGUUCCAGAAAGGGCAGGUCAAGGUUAACGAAAUGCUUUGGAAUGCAGAUUCUACAAUCCUGGCUCUAUGGCUGGAAGACCUGAAGGUGGAAAACUCCAAUCCAAACACUUAUGUUCAGCUGUGGACCACAGGGAACUAUCACUGGUACCUAAAGCAAAGUCUACACUUUGGUAGCUUGGAGGAAAAUCAGUUGGUGUCACUGCUAUGGGACCGAGAGAACCUGUAUAGACUACAUAUACUCUGCCAGGGCUGGCAUUACCUCUUCUACGACUGGCACUGGACCACAGACCAUGGGCUGGGGGAGAAUAGUCAACAUAUGGCAAAUGUGGCUGUCAUAGAUGGAGAUAAAGUGCUUGUCACAGCAUUCCAGCAUGCUGUGGUGCCUCCACCCAUGUGUACCUAUGAGCUCCAGCUCCAACAGGCAGUUAAUCAGGUUGCCUUUCACACAGAUCCCAAACAUAGUGGGGACAUGGCUAUCCUGGAUGCUGAUAACAGGAUCUCUUUGUACAGAUAUGGACAGAGUACAGGGAAUGACCCUUCUGUCAAGUUUGGAGCUGUGGGAGGAAAUGGCUUUAAAGCAACUGUAGAAACACCAUACCUGGAUAAAACCUACAGAGUUGAUGUGAGCAGCAGCAGCAAUGAAGUGAUGAAUCCUCUGGGGCUCCGAUUUCUUACCUGGCUGCCAGAUGACAGCUUCCUGGUUGUUGGUGAAGGUCAGCAUGCUGCUCAGUCUGUCCUUCACCAUCUGACUGCAGUGCCUCCUGUGGCUGGAGCUGAAGAAGAGUGCCUGAAUUUACGGUUGUCAGUGCCUGUAGAUGGAGAAGUGAUCAGCCUGUACUGCAGCCCAGUGACCAGAACUGUAGCUCUGCAGCUGACUGAUAGGCGGAUCCUAAAAUACCUGUGGGAGGCUUCUACUCCAGUCCUUGAGCCUUGGCGGAGUAGCAGUAGCUCUGCUGUUCAGUUCCCCUACCGUUGUGUGCAGACUUCCAUCACAAGGAUCAGUUGUGAAGAGGUGAUCUUGGGCCUCACGGAUCGAUGCCGGUUUUUUGUUAAUGAUAUUGAGGUUGCUUCUAACAUCACAUCAUUUGCAACAUACAAUGAGUUUUUGUUGGUGACAACCAACUCGCACACCUGUCAGUGCUUCUGCUUGAAGAACUUGUCAGUGAAGGCCCUCCAGGCCAGCCUGAGCAGCGCUGCUGCACCCAGCAGUGAGACUGUGCGCAAGGUGGAGCGGGGCUCACGUAUCGUCACCGUCGUUCCCCAGGACACAAAGGUGGUGCUGCAGAUGCCAAGAGGAAAUCUGGAGACUAUUCACCACCGUGCUCUGGUUCUUGCCCAGAUUCGGAAGUGGCUAGACAGGCUUAUGUUCAGGGAAGCUUUUCAGUGUAUGAGGAAGCUCCGAAUCAACCUCAAUCUUCUCUACGACCACAAUCCCAAGGCAUUUCUGGAAAACACAGAAACUUUUAUCAGGCAAAUAGAUUCUGUGAACUAUAUCAACUUGUUUUUCACAGAACUGAAAGAUGAAGAUUUCACUAAGAGUAUGUACCCAUCUCUGAACGGCAGCAGUAACAGCCAGCCACGCCAGCAUCCUGAUCAGAAAAAAGUAAACCUCAUCUGUGACGUGAUGAGAGUUGCCAUGGAGCACAUUGACCCUCAAAAAUACUGCCUGUCAAUACUGACAGCACAUGUGAAAAAAAGUCCUCCAGAACUGGAAAUUGCUCUCCAGAAGGUUCAUGAUCUUCGAGAAACCAUUACGCCAGACGUCCAAGCUGUGAGUGCAGAAGAAGCACUAAAGUACCUGCUUUUCCUUGUGGAUGUCAAUGAAUUGUAUGAUUAUUCCUUGGGGACGUAUGAUUUUGAUUUAGUCGUCAUGGUGGCAGAAAAGUCUCAAAAGGAUCCAAAAGAAUACUUGCCCUUCUUAAAUGCCCUCCGGAAGAUGGAAACCAAUUAUCAGCGAUAUACAAUAGACAGACACUUGAAGAGAUACACAAAAGCUCUUGGCCACCUCAGCAAAUGUGGUCCUGAACACUUCUCUGAAUUUCUGAACUUGGUGAAAGAUCAGAAUCUGUAUUCUGAGGCCUUGAAGCUCUACUCCUCUAGCACUCAGGAGUACAAGGAUAUCAGUGAUGCAUAUGGGGAGUACUUGAUUCAGAAGCAGCUGUAUGAACAGGCUGCACUGAUAUUUGCUCGUGCUGGCAUCUUUGCAAAAGCACUUGAUGCUUUUCAGAGCAGUGGCAGCUGGCAACAAGCCCUGUGCAUGGCAUCUCAGCUUGGUUACACAAAGGAUAAGCUGUCCAGCCUGGCACGGAGCAUGGCAGGAAAACUAGUUGAACAGAGAAAGUAUGCAGAGGCAGCCAUACUCCUGGAGCAGUACACUCAGGACUAUGAAGAGGCUGUUCUCCUGCUCUUAGAAGGAGCUCUUUGGGAAGAGGCUUUGAGACUGAUUCACAAGUAUGGUAGGCUGGAUAUAUUGGAAACCAACUUGAAACCUGCUAUUUUGGAAGCUCAGAAAAGUCAGCUGAUCUUCCUAGAUUCCCAGAAAACAGCAUUUCUUCGCCAUAAGAGUCGCCUGCAAGUGGUGCGAGAGCUGAAGGAGAAGGCCUGUGAGAACCUGCAGGAUUAUGAAGUGCCAAAUUGCCCGGAAUUGGAGCUUUUUUCUGAAACCAGCAGUGUUGUGACAGCCAGUGACAUGAACAGCAAAUAUACACACAGCAAUUCAAGAAUAUCAGCGCGAUCCUCAAAGAACCGACGCAAGGCAGAGCGUAAGAGAUACAGCCUGAAGGAGGGGAGCCCUUUUGAAGAUAUUGCCCUUCUGGAAGUCCUGGGAGAGAGUGUUCGUGCUGUUGAGACUGUGAAAGGAGAGAUACACAUCCUUCUGAAGCAGCUUGUGCUCUUUGGUUAUGAUGAGCAAGCUGGGGCACUGCAGCAAGUCCUGGAAGAGGUUUUGCAGUUGAUGGAGACCUCGGUCCCAGAAAUCUGGACUCCAGACCUGCAACAGAGCUCUGUCAGCCUGGUCCUGGGACCCAAUUCAACUGCAAACAGCAUUAUGGCUGCUUAUCAGCAAAAGAGGAUGAUGCCUCCUGUUGUACAAGAUCCAGAAGUACUGACUGCACCAAAAUUCAAUAAAAAUGUGCAAUGGAAGCUGCAUCUUCUCCAGUAACCAGAAGCCAAGGAAUCUCUGUGGACUCCGAACUCUAACUUUUCAUAUAAUUUCAUUAUAUCUUUGCAGAAGGCGUUGCUGUUCUGGUAUUUCUGAUACACUGUUCCUAGGGCUGUGGAAGUGAAGGGUCCCUCCACCUGGUGCAGCUGUGACUGCCACCCAUAUGGUGUCACACUUGUGGGCACAGCCCUCAUGUGCACUGCAGAGGUGGCUUGUUAGGCUGGGGAGCAAAAGGAUAUGCAGCUCUGACAGCUCCUACCACUGUUCCCCCUUCUGGAUGAAGCAAUCCCACCAGUGUUGGAUGGGUUAUCUUCACUGCCAUCCCUACCUCCCAGAGUUGAUAUCUGCUAUGAUAACAGGCCACAUUUUAAGCACUUCAGCCUGCUUUAGAGAACUCACCUGCAAGACUGUAUCAAUAGCAAAUUCCUGCAGUUGCCAAACAAAUUUUGUGUCUUUU